AUGACUUUAUCCCACCAAACAAUCAACACAUAUAUUAAUUGUGGUUGUGAUAAACGACAUACAACAAGUUUAAAUAAUCAAUCAAAUAUUGAUCAAAUUCAUGAACAUAUACGUGAUUUAUUUGGUUCUCAUUUACCAAAAUCAUAUUAUCUUACAUUCUACAAUAAUGAACAUAAAAAAUUCAUUAAACUUAAUCAAAAUGUAUUAGAUUAUGGAUGGAAUCCAUUUCAAUUGAAAUCAUCUAUUAAUAAUCAAAGUAUUGAAAAUAUAUUACAUUUUGUUGAAUUAUAUGUUAUUGAUACUACAGAUGAAAAUUCUGAUCAUGAUACACAAUCUGGAGUUCAAUGUAAUGAAACAGGUUCUGAUGACUCAUCAAAAACAAUAAUUCAUGAAACAUUAUCUCAAUCAAAUUUACCAAUACAUAACAAUAUAAUCAAUAAUAAUGAUUGUCAAGAACAAGAUUUAUUAAAUGCAUUGCUUACUAAAGAAUCAAUUGAUACAAAUACUCUUCUUGAUACAACAUAUACAAAUGAUAAUAAUAUUAAUAAUGAUGAAUCAUUAAAUACAUAUCCAAAUGAAAAUAUAAUUGAUUCUAAUUUUUCUUCGAACGAUUUAAAUGAUUCUCAUGUUACAGAUUUCUUCAAUGCAUUACUUUCUGAAAGUCAAUCAGAUCAAAAUAUAUUUAUUCGUAAUGAUUCAUUAGAACCUAUUGAAGUUGGAGAUUCAAUACCUUUACAAAAUAAUUCUUUAUAUUCAAUUCAACAUUUAAAUAAAUUUCAAAAUUCAAUACAACCAAAUGAACAAUUAAAUAUUGAAUAUAAUCGUUUGUAUUUUUCACUUGAUGUUAAACCUGAACAAAAAGAUAUUUAUAAAUCUGAUAAAUUCAAUCAAAAAGAAGAAACAAAACCGAAUGGAUAUAUUACUCGUAUACAAGGUAUUAAAACAGCAGAACAAAAAAUGUGUUCAGUAUGGCCAAAAAUUCGCAUUCCAAAAUCUUUUCGAAAUAAACACAAUAUAUGUCUUGCUAUUUUUGUGGUUUCGGAAAAAUUAGAAAAUGGAAAGCGAACUUGGUAUAAACAUCGUGAUAAAGGAUUUUUACCAAAAAAUUGUACACGUGAUUCACAAUCAGUUAAUCCAAUUGUAUUUGAUAUAAAUGAAAGUAAUUUAACAUUGGAAGGCGAUUUUGAAUUAGAUCUACCAAUGACAACUUUAUGGAAUAAAUUAAAAGAAUCUGAAAAAUUAUAUCAACUUGAUGAACAAUCAACAAUAAAAUUACAUUCAGCACAACAUGAAUCAUUAUCACCACGUUUAUUUUGUAUUCUUAAAGAUAAUAAUUGUGAUUGUCUAGAUACAAUUUGUCUAUCGGAUUUUAUUCGAAAAAAAAAAGCUUCAAAACGAUAUUUAACAAAUACUGAUGAUACUACAGUUCAAACUUGUACAAUUGUAUAUAAACGAGCAAAAACAUAA